UUUCGAUUUCCGCUGUUUGUUUUGAUCUGUGUCAUGUAAUUAGUGUGUGUGGGGUUUGGGAAUGAUCUGAUGAUGGAAGAGGAUAUACAGUUGAGUAAAAUGGCUGCUGGUUGAACACAAAGACACCAUACUUAACCAAACAUUUUCAGCCGUAGGAAUUUUACCGUCCUGUUACCAUGGCGACCAUACCAGGAUCUGUGGGUUUACCAGUGUUUGGAGACAAGUCAUACGAGUUCUACAAGGAUCCGAUCAAGUUCUGCCAGAAAAACAUUAGUUCUCACAAAUCUCGACUUUUCUACGCUAGAUUCCUGAACAAGCCGACAGCAUUCAUCUGCAGUAACAAGGCUGUACAAGAACUACUGACAGUCCACAAUGAUUCUUUAGAACUUGGAUACAAGGCCUUUAUGGGAGAGAUCUUCGGGGACAACAUUCUGUUUUCUGAUGGAGAAGAUGCCAGGACACUGCGGAGUUCUCUAAAACAGCUGUUCACCCAGGAAUCGGUGGAUACUUACCAAUUAACUAUUGACAGUGUGGUGGAUAAAGCUGUUGCCAGUAUAAACCCAAAGGAACCAACCUGUGUUUACUCACUCAUGAAAAAAAUCUGUACCGAGAUUUGUCUGAGCGUGUUUCUAGGACUAAAUUUUAGUGAUGCCUCCCAAACAGCUGAUACCAUUGUCGCCUUGACAACGACUCACUGGCAUGGUAUCAUAUCCGUACCUUUACCCCUCAAACUGCCAAUGACAAGUGGCUCCACCUACAGUCAGGCUCUCCAUGCUAAGGAUUCACUGUUAAAGAUCAUAAUCUCAAAGCGAGAAGAAAGUUCUGGACAGUUUGCUCAGAAGGUUGAAGAUACAGCUACCAGUGGUGGCCUCCGUGAAGUCUUCAUCAACAACCAUCUUCUGUUGUUUACAUCAGCUCUGGUACCGAAGGCCUUGUCUUCCCUGCUGACCUCUCUAAUCAUGGAGGUGGGAAAAAAGGAGGGAGAUUUACAGGAGAAGCUUCUCAGUGACCCAGACAUGAUGGAGGCUGUGUUGUUAGAGGUACAAAGACUUUACCCACCAUUCCUCGGUGGACGCAGAAUCGUCAAAAAGGAUGUAGUAUUAGGAGGGUGGAAGAUUCCUUCUGGACAUUCCAUUAUGUACGUGACCCAGGCAGCCCACCGAGACCCGGAAGCCUUUGUCGACCCCGAUACAUUUAACCCACACCGUUGGAUAAACUGUUCUCCAGCGGAGAAGGAGAAGCUGUUCUGCUUUGGAGCAGGUCCACGUAGCUGUAUAGGACAGCACCUGGUGUGGAAGAUUUUCAAGACAAUUAUAGUGCGUCUUCUUUGUUCCUGGAAAUUCAAGCUUCUGGGGGACCAAGAUUUUAGUCACAAAUGGCUCCCUGUCUCUAAACCAAAGCAGGACGUCAAAGUCCAGUUCACUAGUCGCAAUGCUUAACAUGCUCUAUUGGACAAAACUGUGGUUUAUCUACCGACAGCUAAAUCAUACGUGUCAAUGUUUCCAGUUUUUCAUGGAGGAGAAUAUAUUAAUGGCAAUAUCCAAAGAUAUGUUUAAAAUGUACAUACAAAGGCCUGUAUCUGAUAAGAUAAGAAUGUAAAAUGCCAUAGACAAGCUGUUUCAUGCAAUCAAUUUGUUGUAUUUGAGUAAGAAGCCUGAAGAAGGAAAAUCUGCUAAUAUCAAAUGUAAAAAAUGAGGGUUAAAAAAUAGGAAAUUUUGGUCCAGGAAAGAGAAAAAUUGAGUAUAAGACCAAUAGGUUUUGUUUUCAGCAGUAUAUGUCUCUGUUAGUUAACAAGAGAGAAACUAUGUAUAAUUUGGAUAUUUUACAGUUCAUGAUAUUUUUCAUGAUUUUAUUUUUGCAUUCAUCAAAUAAUGACAACCUCAAUCCUUUUGUGAUUAUAUGUUUAACAUUGUAUAGAUGUGAUAUGUACUAUUGGUAGAUGUAUACAUGUAUUGAAAUUCACAAAUAAUAUAAAGUGUCAAUUACAUAAUUUAGAAUUUAUUUUAACAAUAUUCAAUCAUCUCCAUUAUUAGCUCACCUGGUCCGAAGGACCAUAGUGAGCUUAUGUAGUGGCACAGCAUCAAUCGUCCAUCGUCAACUUUUUCUUUAAAACCCAUCUCCUCCUAAACGCCAAAGAGGACUUCAACCAAAUUUAGUCUGAAGC